UAAAUUUACUACGAUAUUGAAAAUGACAAUAACAAUUAUUAGAAUCACUAAUAAUCUAGUCUACAUCUAUCUAGCUAGAGUAACUAAAGUCUAGUCUAGAGACCUAGAUUCUAAUCAUAAGCUGAAUGAUUAAAUUAUAAUCUAAUUACGUAACGCUCCUUAUCUGAAAAAUGAUUAUCAAGUUUAUAAGUAUUAUUAAUAGUAUUAGAGUCUACUCAGACUCAGUCUAGUUUCUCCUGCUAGUCAGUGCUAGUAUUCCUAACUCAAGACUCAGUAACUGUUCAAACAGAAAAUGCAGAAAUAAAAAGAUUUCAUAUAUUAUGAUAUAGCUGUAAUCAUGGAUUUGGCCAAUUGUGAAUAUUUUAAUCCUAAUACCAAAGAUCUCAUUUAUAGAUUUUGGCAAACAUCAGAAACAGAUUCUAGCCUUUGUUUUAUCUUGAUCCAAGCUUUGAAAAAGAAUGCAGAAGAUCACAUAAAGACACAAAGUUUUGAAUUUGCCGAACACUGCUACAAAUUUGCUAUAACUGUACAGGAAAAUCUAUUCCACAAAACUAAUAAAUUAGUCCUUCCCCCUCACGAUGAAGCUUUGCUUUGGAGCAACAUCUCGUUCGUCAAAGAAAAGCAAAAAAAAUAUGUAGAAGCUUUAGAAGAUGCUCUUCAUUGUAUUGAGCUGGAUGGAACUUACUCCAAGGGCUACUGGCGUGCGUCUCGAGCUUCACGAGGACUGAAGAAAUAUGCAGAGGCUGCUUUCUUCUUACUCAAGUAUUUGGCUUUUGGUCUACCUAAUGAUGAUGAUUUUAAAAAUUUCAUUACAGAAGUGGCUAUACUUGUGACAUAUUUCAAAAGCUUAGAGGAUUGUGGUUUGUGUGAAACAGAAAAUAUAUACACCACAGAAUCCCCGUCUGUCUGGAACAAAAUUUUAAAAAUGCUCUGUGAUCAUGCUGAGUACAAAGCCAUUGGAAUACUGACCAUUGGUACCUCCGGUGACCCACAAGUUCCAGAAACAUUUAUUCAUAGGAUGGCAGCUGUCCCCAAGCUUGAUCUGUCAUUUAUGAAUGUUGGGCAGAUCCUUAAAGCUCUUGCUGCAAAAGAAGGGGGAACUAAAUCUUGGCACCUCAAAUUAGCAGAGUUUGCCAUUAUCAGGGGAGCUAAUAUUAGGACCAUUGCUGAGGCUUUUUCAAAACCUUUAAUUGUUGCUUUAACUGAACUUUGCAUUGCAGGUGAAUGGGCCAGUUUGCUAUCAUUGGCCUGGGACAGAAUAACCUCAGCAGAGUAUGAUGCCACAGACAGUGAUGGAAAUACUGCAAUGCACGUUUAUGUGAAGAGUCCAAAGCGUUCAACCAAUCAGGCGAUAGUCCUAUUUCACGAGUUGGGUAAAAAAGGCUGCUUAACUUUCCUGCCAGAUAGACAUGGGAAGAUACCAUUACAUUAUGUUACCAAGCAAGAUAAUUGUUACUUUUUCUUAGAACAGGCAGAAGCUGUUUGCCGGGAUGGGAGAUUGAGAAGACUUAAACUGUUACAUGAUGAAGGAAACAAGGCCUGGAAGGAGAACAGAUGUGUGGAGGCUAUACAGUUUUAUAAUUUUGCUAUCCUCAUAGCCAGGGUUUACAAUCAGGACUCUCUGUCAGUACUGUAUAGCAAUGUGGCAGCAGCAUAUUUGGCCAUCAAUGACUUUACUAAUGCUUUAGAGGCUGCUGAAAAAUGUUUAGAAAGCAAUUCUUCUUUCUUUAAGGGCUACUUCCGUAAAGGGCAGGCCCUGGUAAAGUUAAAUGAUAAUGUCAAAGCCUGUGAAACAUACAUAACAGGAUUUACAAAAGCUACAGAUACAGCAUUUAAGUGUUCCUUUGCAGAAGAGGCUAUUAAAGUACUGGACACAAUCCCUGCUAAAGCAAGGGCCAGACUUGUGCUGCGUUGGAAGACGUUGUUGUCAGAUUCAUGGCUGAAAAUCCUAGAAUACAUUACGCAGAAUAAGAAAUGGGAACUGCUCAGUCUAUUGAUGUUAGGACCUCCUUUUGAAAGUCCUGACUCUGCCAAGCAAGGCAUCAUGGGCAAUUGUGAUGUCAGCAGUGCUGUGCUGUCUACUUUUCUGCCAACAUUUUUUGAGUCUGCUGCUGACACAGACAGAAUGUCUGCUUUGCUACUAAAGCUUUUAAAACAAGGGGCAGCACCAGACAAGCUUUCACUACCAGAAGAGACUCACUACCACAGUUUGGUCAGGUUCUGCAUCAGUGCAAGAAAUACUGAUGUGCUAGAGUGGAUCUUAGAGAAAGGCAGCACCAAAGAAAUACAAGCAGCUAAAGAUAAGGAUAACCGUACUCCAUUACACACUCUGUGCCUAGAGCAGGAGAAGAGGAAAGAAAACAACAUGAUUUAUAUGAAGAUUGCUGAAAUUUUGUUAACAAAUGGUGUGCCUAAAGAGGCUGCUGACAAAGUGGGGCAGCCUGCUCAAGAGUAUGCUCUGAAAGGAUCUAAUUUGCAGACAUUCAUUCGGAACUAUGCAAAACAAGCAACAGAACCAAGCAGUACUAGGAACAGUACAAGAAAAACUCAAGAAGUCAAAGUAGAAAGCAAAAGAGCUUCCCCAGAGCCAAACAUCAGCAGUGGUGAAAAAGAUUGGAAGGCUCUCAAACAAGAAGGCACUGAUGCUUAUGCCAAAAAUAAUUAUGAAAAAGCCAAGCUGUUGUAUACUGAAGCAAUCAUAUCUUUAGAAAAUGAAUUACAGAAAAAAGUACCAAAUUUAAUGCUAAUAAACUUAGAAGAUGGCCACAAUCUGGCCAUACUCUAUGGCAACAGAGCUGAAUGUUGGUACAAGAUGGGUGACAAAAUACAGUUUCUUGAGGAUGCUAAGAAGAAUGUAGAUUAUGACGGUAAUUGGUACAAGGGCCAUCAGAGAGUUGGUAGAGCUUUCAAGGAAAAGGGUAACCCGAAGAGCGCAGUGAAAGCAUUUACAAAUGCUUACAAAAUGUGGAAACCAUCUGACGGUGAAAAGAACAGGCUGGCUAUUUUAUCUGAUUUAGUGGACUGUGCUUAUGAAUUAAAAAUGGAUCCAAGCAAUAGUUUCCAGAAUGUACCAAUAUCUAAUUCAGCUUGGGCCAAGUUAGCCUAUGAGUAUUUGAAAAAGAAAGAUUGGCUGAAAGCUGAGUUCUCUGAGAGUCUGGCCUGUAAUUCCCAAUUCAGAAAUGAACGCUUUGACCCUACAGAUAUUAAUUUGGCGCAUCUUUGUGAUGAAAAAAAAUUGAAACAGCAUUAUAAGUGGAUUUGUCGUCUGCUAAUGUUUUUCUUAAAGUACAAUGUGGAUCACACAACACUGAAGUUCCACCCAGAGGACACAUUCUUUCACGCUGUCAUUGCCAUUUCAUUGAUGAAUCCUAUUCCCCCAAUAGAGAGGAAAUAUUUGGAUGAUUCUCUUGUGCUUCUGUUUCAAGUGAUGGACAGCAUCAUUUCACCACAGAAGUUACAAAAUUUAACAGACGCCAAAGGAAAUACAGUGUUACACUCACUGGCUAUAUUAAAAGGGUCUGACCCAAUGAGGCAGUACUUAGCACAUUAUCUGGUUGAGAAAGGAGUCAAUGUUAUGGCUAGAAACAAAGACAAUGCACUGGCUUAUGAUUUAACUAAAUCCAAUGAUAUUGUAAGAUAUGUUCUACAAAGUUAUAUGGAUAAAGAAGCAGCUAUCAUAAAAGCGGCAGAGAAACAAAAGGAGGAGGAAAGCCGAAAUAAAAAGCAACAAAAGAAAGAAACUGCAAAGGGAGAUACAGGCACCAAGAAAGCAACAGUAUCAGCCUCCGAGGUCAAACCCAAAGUUCAAGAGAAGCCACUGAACAACAUUAAGCCCGAUGAGACUGAUAAACUGAAGAAAGAGAAGACUCUUGCCAAUGCUGCUUCCAAGAAGCUAUGUGACUUCUGUGAGAAAAAGUUAGAAGAUGCUUUGGAAUAUCAGAAGGAAGAGGAAUAUGAAAAAGCCUACCUGCAGCUUGUGGAAGUUAUCAACAUCAAAAAACAUGGGACAGAUCCAAGACAUAAGAAUAUGAAGCAACAAAGCUUAACCAGAAUUGCAACUCUUUUAUCUUAUGCUGACGCAAAUGAAAGUCCAAAGUCUCUUAUAAAGAACAUAAGUUCUGAUGGAAUAGUGGAUGUAAUCAAUGAGCUGGCUCAGACAAGAAAGUGGAUUCAGCUGGAGAAGUUUGUGGCACAUGUUAAAGACAACGACAGGGGCAAGGCCCUCACAGAUUUUGCCAAGUCUAUCAACCUGCAGGAUGUCAUUGAUGAACCUUCCCUUGAUGGAUUGACUGAUUCUAAAAUCAGUAUAAUUGAUCUGCUGCUCAGUUAUGGGGCUAAGUUGGAUAAAACUACAUCCAUAACUGCUUUGAAUCAUAGCAUGGCUAAGUCUGAUUGGAUGCUUGUUGUAAAGUUGUUAAAGAUGGGGGCUAACCCAAAAGGUGUGAGUUUAAAUCCUAAAGACACACCAAACCAUGCAGCACUCCAAGUUGGACUGUCAUUAGAUCCAGGCAAUUUUACAAUAUUGGAAGAGCUGAGGAGCAUUUAUGUGAGAGAGAAAGAUAAAACUGGAUAUGGCUACCUUUCAGAAUCCUGCAAAGAUGGUGACGGCAACACACUUUUACACUUGGCUGCCCAGGCCAAGUUUAGCCCCCACUCUCUUAGAGCAGUGGAGCUUUUGUGUGAGUGGCAGGUACCAGCUGAUGUGUGUAACAAUGUUGGGAAACUACCAGUAGAUUACCUGACUAGCAGGACAGACAGACGAGCUCAGUACAUAAAGGUCACUAUGAGCUCAGACAAAAGGGGUGGCACAGCCUCCAAUGUUGCCAGACAGAAAUCCACUACCAAAAACCAUCCAGUGACUGAUGGAACCAAAAAUGUCUAUCAUAAGUACAGAGAGGAAGUGGCAGAAAUUCUGAAAGAAAUCCCUGAUGUCUUCAUUGAUUACCUGAAACCAGAGGAAGAAAAUGAUAAGCAGUCUGAGGAGGAAGAAUCUGAAGAGGAAGAAGAAGAAGACACAGAUAGUUAUGCUGAUGAGUCAAGAAUAGAGUUUGAAGAUGACAAUAUGGAUGAAGACAAUACCAAUCUUGUUUCUGGUGAAGAGGAGAGUGAGUUGAAUUUUGAUGUCAAAGCCUUUGACAACAUGGCUUGGGAUGUGGAGUGUACAGAGGAUGUGUGGAACAUGCUAAGAAGCAGAAGAGAAAAGCGUGCACCUAAUGAAGAAACCACUGAGGACAAUCCACAGAAAAAAUCAAAGAAAGAAAAGAUACCCAUCUUUGUCAAGAAGAUUAUUGUCAAAUAUAUCUAUCAGCUUGCUAAAGGGGAUUGGAGACUACAUCUGCAGCGUCGUGUGAAAGGCAUUCCUGACACUCUUCAGCUUUUCAAGAUCAAAUUACCUCUUGGUAUUUGCCUUUUGUGGGAGUUGGCUGUUGCAUUUUCUCCACGGCUCAGUGAAACAGCAGAAAACCUUUUAGCAAUGGAGCCUGGAGUUGAGGAGGAUGUAGCCUUGAGUAAAGGGCGUGUCUACUCUGAGCUGAUACGUGUUUGGAAUGUGGUAUUGAAGAGUUCUGAUGUUGAGCACUUUGUACGCAAAAUUGUACGCUCACACCAGAGGGGCAAAGAAUGUAUUAUACAGAAAAAACUGAUAGGCCUAAACAGCACUGACACUCCCCAGACCUCAACAUGUGAUCGCUUCCCUUCACUUUACAUAGAAACCAGCUCAUCUAGGUCAGACAUCUCUGAAACCCAAUUUGAGAAGAGUUACUUCCCACCAGCCAGUGCCCAUAGAAAUGAGUUUCACAUCUUGAAGUUCUACUCCUUCUCUUCCACUCUUGUGUCUGCAGUCCUGAGCAGUGCUGAGACUAAGAUUGAUUUUCCAUUUCGGGUGACAGACAUAGAACAUGCUAUAAUCAGUCUGGACUCCAACACUCCUCUAUUGUUGCUGGGUCGCAGCGGUACAGGCAAGACCACCUGCUGCCUGUAUAGAUUAUGGGGGAUGUUCUUGUGUUACUGGGAGCAGGCUAUGAAAUUUAAUUCUCCUCUCCUUCCAAGGAAACUUCCAGAAUUUUUGGAACAUGAGAAUGUUGAAGGGGAUGAAGCUGUUUCCAAGGAAACCAAAACAGAUCAAGGUGAUUUGGCUGACUCAUGUUCGUUGGUUGAUGAACUAGAUGAAGACGAUGAGACAGAGGAAGGGGAUAAUGACAUCCUGUAUGAGCACCUGCACCAGCUGUUUGUCACUAAAAAUCCAGUUCUAUGUACUGAAGUGGAGAAGAAUUUUCUCAAACUGCGCCAUGCUUCAACUAUUUUACACAUGCACAACACUGCCCCCAACAAGGUUUUGCCCAACACACUACAGGAAGUGGAUGAUGUGUGUUUCCCCUUGUUUCUAACUUCAAGGCAACUCCUACUGAUGCUGGAUGCCUCUAUUGAUGGAGAGCCCUUCUUCCCUAGAAAUGAAGACCUAGCUCUCAAAGUAGCAAUACCAGGUUGGGGCACACAGGAAGACAUUUUCAACAUUGCCCCUCUCAUCCAUGAAUUUUUUGACAGUUCAGAUGAAGAUGAUGAUGAAGAGUUGCCAAAAAAAGCAAAAAACCCUCAUGCGCAUGGUACCAGAGGUCAGGUUAAAGUUGACCCCAGAAGAGAGUGCACCUAUGAAGUAUUUGCUUUUCAAGUGUGGCCAAAAGUUGCCAAAAAAGUCCAGCUGGACUGUCACGCAUCUCUGGCCUGGACAGAAAUUAUGUCUUUUAUAAAAGGUUCCUAUGAAGCCUUGAAUACUGAGAACGGCUACUUGAACAAGACUCAGUAUCUGGACCUGGGUCGCAAAAGAGCACCUAACUUUAGUGGAGACAGGGCCAAGAUCUAUGAGGCAUUCCUGCUUUUUAACAAUUACAAGCAACAGCACUUUUUGUUUGAUGAGGCUGACCUAGUGUUUAAACUUUACACACGUCUGAGAACAAUGACCUACAUUCCAUGGACACUUCAUGAGAUCUAUGUUGACGAGACUCAGGAUUUCACCCAGGCAGAGUUAGCCCUCUUGGUCUCCCUUGGCCAUGACCCAAACAAAAUGUUUCUGACUGGGGAUACUGCUCAGAGCAUCAUGCGUGGCAUCUCAUUCCGUUUUAUAGAUCUGAAAUCUUUGUUUUACUAUGCAAAAGAAUCUGCCAGGGAAAAUGAGAAAUACCUGGCUUCCAUUAAGGUGCCACAAAAAGUUCAUCAGCUCAGAUACAACUAUCGUUCUCAUACUGGAAUUCUCUCUCUUGCCUCAUCGGUCUUGGAUAUUCUGAUAGAAUUCUUCCCAGAGUCGUUUGACCCCCUGAAAAAAGACCAAGGGAUGUUUGCUGGACCGAAACCUGUGGUGAUAGAAUCUUGUAGUCCAGGUGACCUGGCCUUGCUACUCACUGGCAACAGAAGAAAGACAUCCCACAUUGAGUUUGGUGCUCACCAGGCCAUUCUUGUUGUGAAUGAAGGAGCCAAGGAAAAAAUACCUGAAGAGCUGAGGACUGGCAUUGUGCUGACAAUCUAUGAAUCUAAAGGUCUGGAGUUUGAUGACAUCUUGAUAUAUAACUUUUUCAAAGACUCUCAGGCUAAUAAAGAAUGGAGAGUAGUGACAACAUUUCUAGAAAAUCUGGUCACCAGAGUUGAACAUGAGGAUGACACUAGAAACUUGGUAGAGAUCAAAACAGAUCUGCUAAGCCAGACUAAUAGACCAAGAGCUUUGGCCUUUGACCCCAACCAACACAAACUUCUCAACUCUGAGUUGAAACACUUGUACACAGCCUUGACCCGAGCCCGGGUCAAUGUGUGGAUAUUUGAUGAAGAUGAAGAGAAGAGAGCACCGAUGUUUGAAUAUUUCAAGGCCCUGAAUCUAGUGAAGUGCAUGGAAGUAGGAGACUCUGAGAACAUUACAGAGGAGCUGAUGUUUGCUGAUUCUUCUUCUCCUCAUGAGUGGAAACAGGCUGGAGACAAUUACAUGAAACAACGUCUGUACCAUGUGGCUGCCAAAUGUUACAGCAAAGCUCUACAGCCAGAGAAAGUCAAGUUGGCGCUGGCUUAUCAAACAGCCUUAGAAGCCUCCAAGUUGAAGGCUUCUCCCAGGGAAAUGAGAGAAAAAUACCUCAGCGCAGGAGUUCAGUUUCUCAAAUGUGGUGGUCUGUACAAAGCUGCCAUCUGUUUUCAAAAUGCGAAAGAGAUCUUGUUGGCUGCACAGACCUAUGAAAAAAAUGGCCAAUUUGAGGAGGCUGCCUCACAGUACAGAAAACUCCAGGAUUCCAAAUAUGUCCUAGAUGAAAGCAGCUGCCUGGAGAAAGUUGGAAUGUUUGGCAGAGCAGUUCAAGUUCUUCAGUUAGCUAAACAUUUUGAUCGAGCCAUGGACUGUUUAACAAGAUACAAAAUGCAAGUUAAGAAAUUUAAAAACUCUGGUCGACCUGUGCCUCUGAUACUCUUAGAUAACAAGCCAAGUUUGUCUGAGGAAAACCUUUGUUUUAGUGCUGCUAGACAUCACCAUGAGAACAAAGAACACUCGAAAGCCAUAGCUGCCAUGAGGAGAGUCAAAGAUAUUGGCUCCCAGAUAGACUUCUUUAAGAAUCAUGGCUACUUCGCUGAGGCUGCUGAACUCAUGAUGAAGGAAGGCAAAACAGAAGAAGCUGCUACACUCAUGUUAAGAAACGGACACACAGAUAAGGCUUUAGCCUACUCUACAGAUGGUAUGAACAAACAGCAAACCGCCUUCAUUAACUUGGUGUUGGCACGUAAAUAUGAAACCAACUUUGAUCAGGAAAACAUCAAGAAACAUGCUAAAAGGGCACUAAACAUUUAUAUUGAUCUUGGUGACUAUGAUGGCCAGGCUCAAGCAAAACUUAUUCUAGGCAAACAUACACUUGAAGAAAAACUAUUGAAGAGUGCACACAAUGACUUUGAUAUGAAAAAACCUCCAAAUGACAUUGGAAGACUUGAAAGUCUGGCUGCUUUUAUAGAGGUCAAGUCUGCUGAGCUGACAAUAGAAGAAUGCAAGAAGUGUGUCAACUGUGUGAAACAAGCCCUCACAGUGAUACAAAAUUUGUAUGACACAAAGGGAAACAAGAGUGAGCAGCUCCUGUCCUAUUUAAAGUUUUAUGGCUUUGAUCUGGAUGUUGUCACACAGAAAGUCUGUUGGUACCCCAACGAGUAUCCAUAUUGUCAGAGCCUCUUAGGAAUCAACAAGGAGGAGGAAACGGCUGAAGUUCAAAUCAAAACUGAUAGACAACAUGCACUGACUGCUAUUAGAAAUCAUGUCAUGAGUUGGAUCAAAUCUUGGAGCAAAAAAGUCAAACAACAGUUGGCUUUGCUGUUACCUAAACACACACCUUGUAGGAACUUCCUAGAAGGUUUAAAGUGUACAGACCAAGACUGUCAAUACAGGCACCAACACAUAGCUACUCUAACUGAAGAGAAAGACAUACUGAACAUUCACACACUAGCAGUCAGUUUAGACCACUACCUGCAGACAGGACUGGACAAACUGGAAGGAACUGACUGUGAAACACUGAAGGAAGAGCUCAGCUCUUUGAAUGAUGUCACUAGCCAGUGGGACACUGUGAAAAGGUUUUUAGACUACAGUUUCCCAACAAGUGUUACUGCAACAAGAGAAAAUGAAGACUUGGUCAAAAAUUUGGUUUCACAAAUAAGAAGUUCUAAAGUUGUUGUUAACCAAAUUCAAAGAUACUUCAAAUUUUUGUGGGACAACCCAGGGAGAGUGGGUAAAGGCAAGUCCAGAAAUGUGGUCAAAGAAAGGUGCAAAACAUCGGACUGGAUUGUUCAAGCUAGUUUUUUCUCCACUCUUUUCAACUUUGAACAUUUUAAUGUUAGGAAGGAAGUUCAGGACCUGGAGAAUCAACUAAGGAAUAACUUCAAACACUGGACCAAAAAAUAUAAGAAGUAUGCUUUGUUUUCACCGGUCCAAAGUGCUUUUGAUGGAGAAAUGAUGGUAGAGACCAUUGGCUCACGUUUUAUAGAAUCUUUGGAUUGGCUUAAAGAUCAUGAUCCAUUAGAGGCAGCAUUUGCUUUUUCUAAGAUGAUCAGCACUUUAGGGAGGCGCAAUGUACUGAGUCUGAUGCCUAAACCUGAACAUUUGAUUUUCUGGAUGGAGUUCUAUUUUACCGUCACAUGGUUUUUUAUUGGAAAUAGCUUUGUUCAAGAUAAAAACAAACCAAAUUUUGUUUUAUCUAACUCACUUUUGGCCACAGUUUAUCUAGUCAAUGCCAGUUUGGCCAAAGAUGGUGGGAAAACUAACAAGGACAAAAUUCAGCAGCUCAUUACUCAAUAUUCCAGCAGCCAAAGUAAAAGAUUGUAUUUCAGAGAAGAGCAUUAUUGUAACUUUCUGGUUGGACAGAAUGAGUUUAGUGGUUUCAGUUUGAUAGCACUGUUCAAUGAUCUGUGUUCUGGAGCUCAGCCUCAGUAUCAACUUGCUGAGCGUGUCCUGAUUCUCUCACUUUGUACUCUGUUGAACAUACCCUUAAAGUUUGUCAGCAGUAAAUAUGAGGCCCCCAUCAGAAGAGAGUUGUUCAAGCUUACUGUGACUGACACACUCCCAGCACCUUUAAAAACACUGAUUAACACUGUCAACAAGGCUAGUGGAUAUCUUCAAAUUGCUACAGCAUUAUUUGUAUACAUUCGUAGCCGAAAAAACUUGAAAAUAUUUCAAUGUCAGUGGGUUGCCCGUGACACUUGCCCCAUGUUGUAUGAGGAGAUGACAAGUUAUCCCAACAUUCCACUGACUACCAUCAACCUUCAGGAACUGGCUCAGACUGAAAGUGCUGAGACUGAAGAGAAAGAGGAUGCAGAUGCUUUGGAUGAAGAAGAUAUACAAAAAAUGGAGGCAAAGAAAGUAGCAGCUGAGCAAGAGAAAUCUAAGAAGACAGCAAUACAAAGAAUCAUAAAAGCACUUAGGUUUAAUCUCAUGAAGAUGAAGUUGAAGAAAAAAUCUUAUCGAGAUUUCGAAUUAAAAGAAAUGUUUCGCCCUUUCACUCUGAGCCAUAAUUUUUGUGGAGUCUGCGGCAUUGAGUUGGGAACAGAGAUUGGUCAACCACUGGAGGAUGGAGAACCUCUGACAAUACUGACCAAAGAAGUGCACAGCUUGGAUCAGUCCCAUCGUAUUGCACUUAAAGAGCUAGAUACCUUUUAUCAAAUCUACGACAAACAAAUAUAUUAUGAGCUAGACAAAAUUGAACGUUUUCUGCUCCAGAGAAAAGUUGAAGAAAAUUCAGAGAUCUAUGCUGACAUUCUGAUAGAUGUGACUAAAGUGCUUUCCUCUCUGAGCAGUUUCAGGAAACUGUUGGCUGAUGUGCUGGCCAAGAGAGCUUGGACUGAUCGUGCCAGUGUCUUGGAGGCCUUCAGAACAUUACAGGAAGAUUUCAAAGAGAAAGAGCACAAGAUUGAUGCACAGUUUCAAAAGGCUUCGAACAAGAGUGAGGAGAAUGAAGACUUAGAGAGACAAGAAACUGGUAAAGACAUCAUUGACAAUACUGAAGGAGACCUGCUGGAUUUUGAGGGGGGUGUUCAUGGUUCUGAAAAUCCAGGAGACGAUUACAGGCCUGCAAAAUAUAGAAGUCAAAAUUCUGCCAAUUAUUAUGAUCGCAGGAAUAAUCCUGGAGCUAGAUAUUAUAGGCAAAAGGGCUGGCAUGACAAUAGGAGUUAUGAGAGAGGACACAGCAGUCACCGCAAUGGUCGUUUUGAUCAGACUCAAGUGUACCAGUACAGAGCUGAUCAAACUAGUAAUACUAACUAUGAUAAUGACUAUCAUCCAGCUAACAACAGAAGACAAAAUUAUAGAAACUUUAACAAGGGAGAUUAUUCUGACGACCAAAGAUAUAACUACCACAGACCUGGAAGAAACUUUAAUAAUGGACAGAGAGGAAGAAACAGGAAUCGUGAAGAAUUUUUGAAAAAUGCGCCCCCUAGAUUCCAAAAACAAUUUAUGAAUGGUUAGUUUUGAAAGCCACAUGUUCAGCCAUGUGUUUUAACAUGGAGCUGCUCUAGAACUCAAGUCUUUUGUUUCUGUACAUUCCAGCUCACUGAGAAUAUUUGUUAGUACAUUAGCAAUGAAAACUACUUUCAUAAUUAAAUUCAAAUUUUUCUUAUAAACUUCUUUUUAGUACCUGAGACUUUGUAACAUUCUUGUGAAAAUUAUUCUAGCAUAGAGCUGAUUAAUUAAAAAAAAAAAACUAAUUAGGACUGUAUAAUGUUAUAGGAUAAUAUUUUCAUUGAUCUGUUUAGUGUGUUAUCAGUUUAUUUGGUCAUUUUAUUUUUAUUUGAAGCAAUAAAAAAAGACACUUUUGUUUUCUAUUUAUAAAAAAAAAAUUGUAAGUCAUUAAGUUUUGUCUUUUUUUAAUGUCAGAAAGAUAAAACUCUGCAUCUUGUUCUCCUAUGAUUGAUGUUUGUUCUCGCCUUGUUACACCAUUGAACUCGGUAUGAGAUUAUUGUAUUAGCCUUAUAACUUGAACACUUUCAUCUUUGAUUUUUCUGUUCCUUUUCUGAUUCUUCGACAGCCAAUCAAAGCAAGCUUGAGCUGGUAUUCUUUUCUUUGUGCCUUUUUAAAAACAUGUAGUCUUUCUUAUUUCAAUUUAAAAAUAUUUAUAGUGUUUGUUCAUUUAUUGCAAGUUAUUGUUUUGCUUUUCUAUAGAGAUCUAGUAACUGCUAACUGUUGUAAUAAAAGUUGUUUGAAUAUA